UCCGGCUGCUGGGAGCGGGCCUGGCAGCGCGCUUUCCUGCCGGGCGCAGAGCGCAGCGCGCCCGCCCCGUGCGCCCAGCUGCGGGGAUGAGAACGAGAAGCAGCGAUGGCCGGCUAGGCGAACGGAGUGCCAACACAGCCGCUGGAUGGAGCCAGCCCAGCGGAGGGAGUGGGACGGCGUGCAGGGGGGCAGCCCGCCCUCACAGACGGCAGAGGGAGGCGAGGGCCACCCGGGCAGCCACGCCUGGCAGGACCUGGAGGUGACGGGGAUCUGGCCAGCUAGCGCCCGCUACGCCCAGCCCACGCCCAAGUGGGGCGAGGCUGCAGCCCGGGGCAGGCGGCCGGAGGGCCCGGGGGUGUCAUGGGCCCAGCCGGAGCCUCCCAAGCCAGGCCCGAGGGCAACGUGGGGUCCCAAGCUGCACUCGGCCUUGACGGAGUGGCCCCGGGGUGGGGACCCCACGCGAGCCCCGCCCCCGAAGCCGCGGGGCCCCUACCGCAGCCGGCUGGCCGGCCCCGGCUGGCUCCUCCCCCCGGAGGCAGCAGGUGCGGGCAUCCCACCGUCGCCUCCUGAGGGCCAACCGGAGGACAACCUGCUGCUGAUCGACGCCCAGGGCGUGCCCUACACGGUGUCCCGGCGGGACUUGGAGGCUGGGCCGGCCCCAGCGCCCCGGCGGGCGCACUGCUGCCCCGUGUGCCGACGGGCCUUCCUGUACCUCUCGGACCUGGAGCGGCACCGCAUCAGCCACUCGGAGCACAAGCCCCACCUGUGCCGGGCCUGCGGCAAGGCCUUCAAGCGGGCCUCCCACCUCCAGCGGCACCGGCACAUCCACACCGGCGAGCGCCCCUUCCGCUGCGCCGUCUGCCAGAAGGGCUUCCGGGAGUCGGGCGAGCUGCUGCGGCACCAGCGGGUGCACACGGGCGAGAAGCCCUACCAGUGCCCGCUCUGCCGUCUGCGCUUCACCGAGCGCAACACCCUCCGGCGACACGCCAAGCGCAAACACGCCCGCGAGGCCUGCUACCAGGGUGCCGGGCCGGGCGCCUGGGCCGACGGGGGCGAGGGCCAGCCCGGGUGGGCAGGGGAGGGCAGCCAGGAGGUGGGGAGCCCCUGAGAGCACUGGCGGCCCGAGGGGAUGGAGCGAGGCUGAGAAUCAGGCCCCCUCAGCUGCACUGGGCUUCCUGGGGA